CCUGACUGCCAGUUCUGGGCUUCCUCAGGCAAUGUAAUCCAUCUGCCUCUCCAGUCCCCUAUCCCCUAUCCCCUGUCCCCUGUCCCUAUGGAUCCCCCAAGGCCUCCAGAACACCCUCCAUCUUCAUGACUCAUCAGGCCUCGCUCUGAAGAGUGAGCUCUUGAGAGUAUGUUCAUCUACAUCAAACAUGGAGAUAAUCAGCAUUUUAUUGCCAAUAUCAAUUGUGCUGUCCACCGGUUGCUGCAUUACACCCGCAGUAAAGUGGGGUUGGCUAAAACAGAAACCAUUGAUUUGUGUGAUGAAACGGGAACAAUGAAGUUGUUUUUCCUGAUGAAGAUCCCUGGAGACUAUGCCAGCAAAUUCCUUACAGCUCGAAACACCUACUACAUUUGUAAGGUGGCACGUGGGACACCAGGAACCCAACUUGCGAAUGCCUACCUAGCUUUUGUGCCCCUCCUGAAGAAUCCAGAACACACACUACUUGAUGCCUUGCGCACACAAUGUGACAUGCUGGAGAAGAGCAGACUGAAAAUGCUUAGACUCCAAGAAGCCAAGAAAGCCGUUAAAAUUGAUUCUUCUGUGAACCUUCCAUCCAAAUCAGGUGACGACAAGAGUCGCAAGCUCCCUCGAAAGGGUCCAUUCCAAAAGACCAAGGCAGGCUUUCUCAGUAAGAAGGGAAAACAGACUAAAAAAAUAAAGUGAUCAAGUGAGAGCAGAAACACUAGCCGGGACUACCAGAG